AUGCCGUCUCCCCAAGCUCCCGGGACUUCACUGCUGGAUGCAGUAACCUAUGAGGAUGUACAUGUGAACUUCACCCAUGAUGAGUGGGCUUUGCUGGAUCCUCCCCAGAAGAGUCUCUACAAAGAUGUGAUGCUGGAAACCUACUGGAACCUCACUUGUGUAGGUUACAAAUGGGAAGACCAUAAUAUGGAAGAACAUUGUCAGAGCUCUAGAAGAAAUGGAAGGUAAUUUUCAUGUGCAAGCUUAUAUAUAUGUAUG